AUGGUCGCUACUAAUAUUACCUGGCAUCAAGGAGCUUUCACUCGCAAUGAGCGCCAAAAGGAGCUCAGCCAAAAGGGCUUGACAAUCUGGUUUACUGGUCUCUCUGCAUCCGGAAAAUCGACUCUUGCCUCUGCUCUGGAACAGCACUUGGUCUCGCUCAAGAUUGCCGCCUACCGUCUCGACGGCGAUAACAUCCGCUUCGGUCUGAACAAGGAUCUCGGAUUUGGCCCCGAGGCCCGGACAGAAAACAUUCGCCGCAUUGCUGAGGUGUCGAAACUCUUUGCCGACUCGACGCAGAUUGCGAUUACGGCCUUUAUUAGCCCAUACAUUUCCGACCGUGAUGCGGCCCGGAAGUUGCACGACGAGGCAGGAAUUCCGUUUGUGGAGGUAUACGCGGACGCACCCCUGUCGGUUGUUGAGGAGCGUGAUCCCAAGGGUCUGUACAAGAAAGCCAAGGCUGGUGAGAUCAAGGAGUUCACUGGCAUCUCUGCCCCUUAUGAGGCCCCCGUCAAUCCCGAGAUCCAUGUCCGCACCCACGAGGUCUCGAUCGAGGAGGGUGUCCAGAUCAUCCUCGACUACCUCCGCAAGAAGGAAUACAUCCCCCAACUGUAA